GCUGCCUAGUGCUGGCUGCAUGGGGCGGCGGAGGCACAGGGUGGAAGGGGCGGCCAGGGCCCUUCCUGAAGCUAUCGCUGCGUUGAGUCGGUCCCUGCCCGCUGGGCCCAGCCCUGAAAUCUUCCGCCGCGCGAAGUUUGACCGUCCAGAGGCGGCUCCAGUGCUCUGGCAGCUUCUCUUACGCGUGCUCUCACCGCUCGCUGCUAAAGAUACCUUGACCGACCUCGCUCCAGAGGCUCAAGCCCGUGUGGUGAAGUCAGCACUGGACUCCCAGGGCUACCCCAGGUCUGCACUGGUACAGUUUCCUGAGGGCAGUUCUCAGAGAAGCCGGGAACUGCUGCUGGCCCUGUCUUGGCUUCUGGCACGAGGACCCUUCCUUGAGCAGCUGCUUGCCCAGACCCGUGUGCAGUUGGGUGACCAGCUGCCCCAGUGUGAGUGUGAGGCCCUGGCCAUCCCUGGUCCUCUUGCACCCCGUGUGGAAACAGAGAGUCCGGUGGAUCUCCGACUAGUGGAAUGGCUGAUGGGAAAGCUGCGGUUUAAGUGGCGACGCCUGAUCUCCAGUCAGCAGGAACAGUGUACCCUGCUCAGCAAGAUCCACCUGUACACCCGUGGAUGUCACAGCCAGCGGAACCUUGACCAUCUUUCUGUUGCUGAAACAGAGAUGCUCAGAGACCCAGAGAGCAGUCAGCAGCUUCUGCAGGCGCUGGAGAGUGAGAACAUACGCCUGGGGGCAGCUCUGGAGUGGCGGCAGUGUGAGCUGGUCUUCUGGCAGUGGAUGGAUACAGUUCUGGAUGCCUGCUUGUCGGAGACUCCUGCUGUGACCUCACAGCCCACAGUUCUGCCCAUGAUUUCUGAACGUGGGCUUGGUGAGCUGGAAUUGGUAAAACAAGAGUUGCAGGCCCUGCAGAAGGAGCUACGGGAAGUGGCUGAGCCCCGGAGGGCGGCAUGGGAAGCCCAGGUUGGAGGCCUAGGUCAGGGGCCAGAGUGGAGCACCACAAGGAGGGCCUUGCAGGAGGCUGUCAAACAGGAGUUGAUUGCCCUGCAGGUAUCCUGGGAGCCAUCCAGUGACCCUACCCAGCCCCAGAGACCCCAUCGGCUGGUGAGAAGUAAGGAUCAGUCACCAGGACCUCAAGGCCUACAGGCAGCUGAGAUGAUCAGGACCCUGAGCACCCAGGAGGCCGGUCUGAAAAAGGUGCUGCACCAGCUACAGAGCCAGUGUCAGCAGGAGCUGGCCAGGCUGGCUGGUGCUCUGCCUGGCUUGAUUUGGAUUAUGGUUCCUGGACACUGAAGGCCCCAAGGUGUGCCCACCUGUGUAGAGGUCUUUGUAGGGUCUCAGAGGAGCAGACUGGGGCUGGCAUUGGAGCAGGGGUCCAGGCCCUGUUGCCUACAGUUUUGGAGUCACCAUGGGCUGGUCCUCCAGAGCAGUUUGUAGGGGACCUAUAUAUACAUGGUAGAGCUGUCUCUGGGGACACCAGGUUGUUGCCCUCUGCCACUGCCCUUUAAUUUCUUCCUCUUCUGAUACUGGGCUCUGCAUGGGGCAUGGCUGGCCCCGGGCUGGAAUCACACGUGCUGCACAGUGCAGGAAGCACCGGGUCUCCCCCGAGUGGAGCAGCUCUGGUUUCUCCGACCCUAGCUGUACACCUCCUGCAGCAGAGCCUCCUCCUGUGCUGGGCCGUGGAUGUGCCUGCUGUGUGUGGGGAGCUGGACGGGAGCCCUGGGGCUCUGCCGGGGAGAGAAGAGGAGGGAAGCUGCAGUGCAGACAGAAGGCCUUUGUUCUGGAGGCUGCUGGGCACUGGGCAAGCUCAGGUCUCACAAAGCAGCCUGUGUCCAGGACGUGCCCACAGCCUGGUGGGAUGGCUCUCUCCUAGCCCAGGCUUCUAGCCGGUGGGCCCAAGCGGGUCCCGUGGUUUCUAACCCUGCCUUCCUUCCUAUCCGUAGCUCCAAACACUGACCAGACACUGGGCAGGUGGUAGGUCCCACUAGGCAACCUCUAGCCUCCUGCUAACUCAGGCCUGAGGCCACUAUCCAACUCUGGGCACCCUGGACCCUCUGCUAGAACAUUCUCUCAUGGGGUUUUCCUGCUUGCCUAGUGUCGUAUGGUAAGAGUGACAGCUCAUGCCUAGGGUGACGGUUCUGAUACAGGUGGCCUCUGGCCCUGAGGUAGGGCACCAUGCUGUUUGUUCCAGUGACUGUUCCUAGCAUGUUUCUGGAGAACCAGUGUCUAACAGGUCCUUCCUAACUUUCAUGACGUAGCUCCUGGAGUCUCUGGAACCUCCUGCCUGUUGCUGAGCCUCUGCUGUCCCUCCUGGCCUGCAGCCCCUGCUAACACUGGCUUAGCUCUUCUUGCUGCUUCCACCGGUGGGUUCCAGCUCUGGUCCAGGACACAUGGGAACUUGGCUCCUUGUGACGGUGAUAUGAGCUAUAAACAAGUCCAGUUAUGCUCCCUGCCUCUGAAAACUGCCCUGCUCUAGACUUCCAGUGGCCCUUUGGAACUUGACCUUAAAAAAUCUAAAUGCAGCUGGACAGUUGUGCUGCACACCUUUAAUCCCAGCACUUGGGAGGCAAAGACAGGCGGAUCUCAGUGAG